AUGAUGAGGAAUAUGUGGUGGCGGAGAAAUGCUUUUAUCUUUGAAAAUAUUUUUAAGGGGCCAUCUGAGCUAUUUCUACAAGCCCAAGAAACUUUAAAGGGAUUUACAGAAGCUAAUUCAGAGGGGGAUGGGGCUAUCAGGGGAGGGGAAAUGCAGGAAGAAGAAGUGAGGUGGAAGGGACCUGGGAGUAGUUUUGUGAAGGUGAAUUGGGAUGCUAGUUUAGCUGUUGAGAAGAAAAGGAAGGGGAUAGGGAUUGAUGUGAGGGAUGAAGUGGGGGAGGUUCGGUUGUCUCUAUGUGGUUCUGAUGCUAGUCUCUGUAAUCUAGUUGUUGUAGAGUUACAAGCCCUAUGGAGAGCUUUAAAGUUGUGUGCUGAGCUGCAGUGGAACAAAGUCAUAUUCGAAGGUGAUGCAGUGGGUAUCAUUCAUGUUGUAAAUAGGAAGGACUGCUGCUGGGAGUGGCAUGGACAAGUAGUUGAUGAUAUUAAGUUGAUUUUACAAAAUAGAUCAAAUUGGUCAAUUCAAUAUACAAACAGAAAGUACAAUAGAGUAGCUCAUACGUAA